CAAAAUCAGCUGUCAAGGUUGAGGAAGCAGCAGCAGCAAACCGCGGCCGGACGAUUGGAACGGAUCGCGCUCGGCACACAACGACGGUAGGACGGGUUCUAUUUACAUUUUCCGCGACCAGCGUGCACACAUUCGCAUCGCCCAACACCGACCAACGAAAUCAUAAUUCCGGCGUAGAGUCCGCCGUAUGUGUAUGCGUGUUGUUUACUGUUUUUCUUCUGGCGGGCACACUCCUGUGAUCAUCCUGGCUGAGCUGUAGCAGACAGGUCCACAAACGGUCCCGCAACGGACGGUCGGUUGUUGCUGACAAAAUCCCCACUAUUUGCGCAUCAAUUGAUCAUCAACAACAACGAAUCUGCAAACACCCACCACCCAUCCCAGCCACAAGGUUACGUGUGUGAGGUGGGUGCGAGCAGCAACCCAGCACUGUACUGUAGGUCAUCGAAAGCGGUCCCAAUCCCUGGAGGGGGGUGUAAUGUGGGUUUAGAGCUGUGCGACUGUGUGUGUGUGUGUCCGCUGAUAACAACAUAGGCAACGUGUGUGCCGUGUCCCAACCACCAUUAGAGUGUGUCAAGUGCCCGGCGUUGAUACCAGCAUCCCAACAUCGGAGCGCGGGCGCGGAAUUCCACCGUGCAAUUCUUCCGCUUUCUUCACGGCGAAGCACUUUUCCGCAUUACCCCCCGUGUUGGCACGGCGGUAAAGGUUGGCCGGCUACAUAGUUUUAUUACACCGUUUUUUUUUUGCACGCUACUGACUACACUACCAAUGGCUUUAUGUAAUCAACGAUUUGCGGCCUCGAAAAGCAGGGCGAACAAAUCCAAUCUCUCUCGGGAGGCCCAGAGGGGGAGUUGAACCGUUCGAAGGUCCCGUCCCGUCAUCGCCAAUCCCACCGGAAGAAAACAGGUUUAUCUUACUUGUAAGGUGGUAGCAAAACGCAUCAUUGAGCACUUUUUGGCUCGAUGCAUAUGUCGAGCCGAGAACUGCAGGUCCGAUUACGAUCGACAUCCGGCACCGGGAGAUAUGCAGCACACCAUCCUAUCCCGACGAUGCUGUGAAGCUGCACUCUGAUUAAUAUAGUUUACAGUUUUUACCUAGGACACCUCUCGUUUUUUCGUUUGCUGGAGUUUUGUGUUUUGUGUUUUGUGUUUUAGUUUUUUUGCAUGCGUGCCACCACCAGCACUACGCUCGGUGGCGAACUGUUUCCCGCUCGUCCACACACUGCCAGCAACGGUUGGGCAGCAGCGGAUGCAUUGCGAGACAUGUCAACGAAUAAUCGACAACCAUCGGAACCGGAGCCGGCCCGGCCCACUAACCUUAAUAACCGGGAUGUAGUACUGACAAGCUUGGUGGCCGGUGCGACAGCCGGUGCACUGGCCAAAACCACCAUCGCACCGCUCGAUCGAACCAAAAUCAACUUCCAAAUCAACAAAGACGUCCCGUACACGUUUCGUGCGGCACUUGGAUUUCUGCGCAAUACGUACGUCCGGGAAGGAUUUCUGGCACUAUGGCGUGGUAAUUCGGCCACCAUGGCACGCAUCAUACCCUACUCCGCUAUCCAGUUUACGGCGCACGAGCAGUGGAAGAAGCUACUGCAGGUCGAUCUACACUCGGACACGGAGGUACGUCGGUUUAUUGCGGGUUCGCUGGCAGGCAUCACAUCGCAAUCGCUCACGUAUCCGCUCGACCUAGCCCGGGCCCGGAUGGCCGUGACGGACAAAUACUCCGGGUACAAGACGCUGCGGGAAGUGUUUGUAAAGAUCUGGCAGUGUGAAGGUCCGCGUACGCUGUACCGUGGCUACUGGGCAACCAUACUCGGUGUGAUACCGUACGCCGGUACCUCGUUUUUCACGUACGAUACACUCAAGAAUGAAUACUACAAAAGGACGGGAGAUAAAUCUCCCAACACUGUGAUAUCGCUCACGUUCGGUGCGGUGGCGGGCGUCAUUGGCCAAUCGUCUAGCUACCCGUUGGACAUUGUGAGGCGACGUAUGCAAACCACCGGCGUAACGGCUCAAUGCGCCGACCAGUACCUUACCAUCGGCCGAACGCUGAUCAAAAUAUACAGGGAGGAAGGACUCAUCGGUGGCUUUUACAAAGGAUUAAGCAUGAACUGGAUCAAGGGCCCGAUUGCGGUCGGCAUCAGCUUUGCAACGUACGACCACAUCAAGCAUCUGCUGCGAGAGAUUAUACACAUCCGGGAUAGUGAUCAGGCACGACGGUAAUGUGUGUGUGUCCUGGACUCGCCUGGUUGCCUCUGAUUGAGGGCAGUCAGGGCGAUGCAAUACCCGGUACUCUUCGAAUUGGAAUUCGAAUAUCCUUACGCAUAGAACGCAUUGAAAGCAACCGAAAAGGAAAAGAAGCCCUUACCAAAAAGGCUGUACACGACAAUAAGACCGAAAUUACUCCCGCCGCCAGGAUGGAUCCAUGUGUGUGUGUAUGUGAUUGUACCAUGUGUAUAUUUUAUAAGCCAGCGGAACGAGCGGCGCCGGGGGGGUGUACGAAUCGUCAAUCGGAUAAGUGCCAUUAGCUGGCUAGUUGCCUUUCGCUUUUCCCGUGUUUUUUUACAAAGCGACAAAGCGCAACGGGCCGUCGUUUAGUCGUUUGCCAGGCCAGCACACUACUACGAAACCAUAGCACAAAAAAAAACCACACACACACGCACCCAUGUACUAGUACUAGCGUAACGAAUCUAUUUGUUAAUUAGUCAUUUCCCCGUAGAGUUGCGUAAAUGUUUAGGAGCGACCAACCAAGAUUUGAAUUUGGAAGCACAAGGGGCAUAUACAGGGCUAUAAGCUAUAGAAAGGAGUGAGAGAAAAAAAAACAGGGAAAACAAAUCGAUGCCCUCUCAUCGCGUGUAGCCGUGGCGGUUAGGAACCGUGCGGACACGUGUGUAGAGUGCAAAAGUCGUCGUGUCGCAUUUUCGUUCCAGCUCCAGCAGUCUCUUUCAGAAAGAUGAUGCGGAUUCAAAUUAGUCAGCCUGUCGCGCAUAUGACCUUUUUAUUAUUGUGCUGUAUUACACGCACACAUACCUGCCUUUCGUAGAAUGGAGUGAGAUUUGGGGUUUUUAUUAAAACUAGUAGUUGUUAAAAUUAUCCGCCUCCGAACCCCUAUUUACCCCCCAAUCCCCGAACCCCCGUAUUUUCCAUUACGAUUGGGCUACAGAUGUAAACAAUAAAUGGUGAAUGCCACGCAGGCACAUUUAAAACCCAA